UUAUAGUUUGAUUUAUAAUCAACCUUUUGCAUCAACAUGCACUUGAGCUCAGAAAGUUCCUGGGAGAAGCCAUCUGUCUCCACACAGCAGCAGUCCAAACAUCAAUCUUGUAAUUUGUCUUAACACCAGUAGACAGAAAAUAAUUUUCUAGUUGCAAGGAGCUGAGAGAGGCAAGAUAACUAAAAAGAAUGGAGCAGCAGACAAAUAUUAAAAUUGAUCAGUUGUCAUUUAGUCUCCGAAGUAAAUUGCUCCACAACCCUCCAAUGUCAGAGUCCUGCUGCAUAUUUAGAGUUCCCAGUACACUUCGUAAACACAAUGAGCAACUUUUCAAGCCAAAUUUCAUUUCAAUUGGCCCAUAUCAUAGAGAUUUACAUAAGUUCCAGUUUUCAGAAAAGGUUAAACGUUGGUACUUACAUUGUCUUAUUACUCGACUUCCAUCUCCUGAUACAACUCUGCAAAAUUUCGUCAGAUCAAUCGAAGAUGAUGUGGAACGUUGCUUGAAUUGUUAUGAAGAUGAAGUGAAAAUGACUAGAGAUGCAUUUGCAGAGAUGUUGAUUAUUGAUGGUUGCUUUAUUAUAGAGUUAUUUCGCAGGUUUGUGUGUAUAGUACAAAAAGAUGAUGACCCUUUGUUCAAAAUGCCUUGGGUGCGAAAAGUUUUGGUGACCGACUUGCUCUUGCUUGAGAAUCAGCUCCCUUGGUUCGUCUUAAACCGCUUAUUCGAGCUGUCCGAUACUUAUGAUAGCGAAGGACGCUCACUUAAUCAGCUUGCUGAGAAUUUCUUCCAUCACAGUGCUCUCAGACCAGGAUGGAUUAGAGUGAACUCAGGACUUCAAAACAAGCAUUUACUUGACUUGCAACGAAACAUCAUACUUUUGAAGAGCAACGAGUCUGUGGAUGGAGGUAUUCUACCAAUUCCUUGUGUGACAGAGCUUUUGCUAGCUGGAAUUGAUUUUGCAGUUGGAGAAACGGAUGACUUAAUGAAGAUAACAUUCAAGAAUGGAGUAUUGACGAUCCCACCAGUAAAAGUUUUGGAUAAUGCUGAAUCCUUAUUGCGAAAUCUUAUUGCAUAUGAGCAAUGUGACAAGAAUCUGGAAAAUAGAAUUACAGCUUAUGCUGCAUUUUUAGAUAAUCUCAUCAAUUCAAAAGAGGAUCUUGAGUAUCUCCAUCAGAAAAAGAUCAUAACAUAUUACUUGAGCUCAGAGGAUGUGUCUGCUUUCUUCGAUGGGCUCUACAAUGAAGUUCAUGUUGAACGUUCCCUUUAUACAGAAGUUUCAAAGGACAUUAAUGCCUACUGCCGAUCUCAUUGGCCUCGAUGGCGAAUAAGAUUGACACGAGAUUACUUCAACAAUCCUUGGUCAAUCAUCUCCCUUAUUGGUGCAAUUAUGAUUUUGGUUCUCACAUUCUUACAGACACUGUAUGCCAUACUUUAUCACUAGGCUUCUCUAUCUUAUCUUUUCUUGAUUUCCAUUGUCAACUUCGUGUAAGCCUUGAAUUACAUUUGAUCCAAUGAAUGGAUUUCGUUAUAUGAUUA